AUGACUAGCAUGAACGUAUUGUCUGUGUGCGUCAUUCACAAAAUAUUGUCUUACCUUAGUUUUCAAGAAGCAGCCAAGUUGAGCCUUGUCUCGAAAACAUGGCUACAGGCUUGGUUAGCUCAUCCCAACUUGGAAUUCGCCUUUCCUUAUGGUCUAGGCGAUGAUAAAAUAGUGGAUCAAGUCAUGGAGAGAUACUGCCAAACAAAAACCCCUAUUGAAAAGUUUCAACUUUCUAUUUCAAUUCCUGUGUUUCAUUGUCGUAUUGUUUUUCCUCAGAUAGAUAAGUGGCUCCGCAUUCCUCUUCAGAAUGGUAUAAAAGAUUUAACUUGUGAGGUUUAUGAACCCUCAUACCCCUUCCCUAUUUUCACAUUCUUGACAACAAAUUCUUCAAGACAAUUGGUUCUCUUAGGAUGUAAUCUCAUGGUUCAUUCAUUAUCUACUGUUACUACUACUCAACUUGCAAGCUCUCAUUCUUUGAGAAAGCUUUCUCUAACUCAAGUUCAAUUAGACGACAACAUGCUUCGAGCAAUGCUCAAUUGUUGUCCCUUGAUUGAUGAUUUCAUCAUUGAGCAUUGUCAUUCAUUGACAAAUAUUGAGCUGCAGAAUCUUCAAAAUAUCAAGUCAGUCUCUAUUAGUUGCUACGAGAACCAGAGUGUUAAAAUCCAAGCACCAACUCUACAACACUUGUUUUAUUUUGGGUGUUGUUGGAAAAAAUCCCCUAUAUUGGACAUUGUAGAAUGUCAAAAUCUAAAAUUUUUACAGCUAGCAGAUAUGUGGAUAUCUGAAGGAUUUCUCCAACACCUUAUUUCUACAUCUCAAUUCCUUGAGAAUUUGGCAUUAGUUAACGUUUCUACAAGGUUGGAAAGGUUCAAAAUUUGUGGGAGUCAAUCCCUAAAGCUCUUGACUAUUGACAAUUGUAAUGGAUUAUGGGAGAUUGAUGCUCCAAAUUUGGUAUCACUCGAGUAUGAUGGAGAUUUGAUUCCUCAGCUUAAAAUUGCAAAAGAGUCUCACCAAUUGAAAAAUUCACGAAUAAGUCAUCAUAGGUUGAAAAAUUUGAAUGUUGCAUGGUUUGGUGAGUUGAGGGAAAUUCUAUCAAAGUCGACCUCUUGGUCUCUAGUUUUCCUUAGAUUUUGGGAAUGCAAUGAGAUCAACACAAACGAUUUGGUACUGCACCAUACAGUUGCAACCCCAAAGUGA